AUGGUCCAGACAACACCAGACUUCAUCAUGGUCCAAAAUGAUUCCGUUAUCAAUGUCACAAACAAUAUGGUAGAUAACGUGACAUUCUGGGUGGGCAUUCUAGAGACGUUCCGUCAGAGUGAGCUGCUCACCGUUCGGGACACUUCUACAAUCGUCCUACUUUGUCUUUAUAUCCCCGUCUUCCUCACUGCUGUCGUCGGAAACAUCGCCGUCCUCCUUGUCAUCAUCCCUAAUAGGCGGAUGUGGAGCGUAACAAACAACUUCCUGUUAAACCUGGCUAUUGCGGACCUACUUGUGACAUUCGUUUGUAUCCCGAUGACUCUUGCUCAGAAAAUCUAUCCACUGUGGAUAUAUGGCGAAACACUUUGUAAAUUAACACCAUACCUACAAGGUGUAUCUGUCACAGCUAGUACUCUUACCAUCACCACAAUGAGUAUUGACCGAUGUCUUGCAAUUAGACAUCCAAUGAAAUUUCGUAACGUCCGUACCACCAAGUAUGUCCGUAUCGUUAUCAUCGUCAUCUGGUGUGUGUCUUUCCUGCUGUCCGUUCCUGUACUGUUCGUCCGCAUCACAGUGUCUCACGUUAUCCUGCCAGGAAAUGUGAUUACGUAUUGUAUGGAAGAAUGGGUGCACAUGACUAGCAGGCAGAUUUAUGACGUCACUCUGCUUUUCAUCAUCUGUAUCAUUCCAGGUACAACCAUACUAGUAGCUUAUCUCCUAAUGGGCAAACGCCUGUGGAUCCCUGACCGGAAGCUCAGUGACGACACCAGGAAGUCCAGGGGUAAAAGGACGGAUAGUGAGCGAGAAAGGAGUUUACGAAACAUAACUAGGAACAGACGCCGUUUGGCUAAGUUGUGUAUAACCAUAGCUAUAGUGUUUAUCGCAUGUUGGACGCCGUUCUUUGUGAUCAACACUUAUCUAGAUUUCAGUAUGGACGUGCGAGCGGCAAAACGCCUUAGUCCGUACAUGUUACUGAUAGGACACGUGCACUGUGUCACGAAUCCUAUCUUGUAUUGUUUUUUACAUAAAUCUUUUAGACAUUACGUCAUGAAAUGUAUACUUAGGAGCGUCAAGAAGGAACCGUAUAAAGCUGGUUUCGGACAGGGCUAUCUGACAUUCAACAAGUCUACACCUUUCCGAUCGUUCCACAGAAGCUCUAUCCGAUCCGCUAGUAUCCGGUCGAGGAGACGAUCCUCCUCGUCUUCCGGAAAUAACUCUCCACGGUUUGAAGGUAUGAAUGGUAGUCCAGUGGCGAAGCAGACACUCCCACCAGCGUUUGAUUACAGAAGGUCUGUGAUAGCGGAGAUUAACGAAAGCAGCGGGUGCGAGGGUGACGUGCAUCAACGAAUUAUAAACAGUUUAAAACAUUCACAACGGAAGCAUCGUAAAAACAGGAUACCUGACAACGAUUUAUGUUGA